AAUCCAUUUUCUUUUGUUGCCUUUGCAGGUAAAGUGGAACUGCAUGGGAAACUCAUAGAAGUUGAACAUUCAGUCCCUAAGAGACAACGGAGUCGGAAACUUCAGAUCAGAAAUAUCCCGCCUCAUUUGCAGUGGGAGGUGCUGGAUAGUUUGUUAGCUCAGUAUGGAACAGUGGAGAACUGUGAGCAAGUGAACACUGACACAGAGACUGCAGUUGUAAAUGUAACAUAUGCCAAUAAGGACCAGGCUAGACAAGCAAUAGAAAAACUGAAUGGGUUUCAGCUUGAAAAUUAUUCCCUGAAAGUUGCAUAUAUCCCUGAUGAAAUGGCAGCACAACAACCCCCACAACAGCAUCCACAGGGGAGGCGUGGAUUUGGACAGAGGGGUCCUCCAAGGCAGGGAUCACCUGGUGCAACUACGAGGCAGAAACCACAGUCAGAUGUUCCACUGCGGAUGCUGGUUCCCACACAGUUUGUUGGAGCCAUUAUUGGGAAAGAAGGAGCAACUAUUAGAAAUAUCACAAAGCAGACACAGUCCAAAAUUGAUAUUCAUCGCAAAGAAAAUGCAGGUGCUGCAGAGAAACCAAUUACCAUCCACUCUACUCCUGAGGGCUGCUCAACAGCUUGUAAAAUUAUCAUGGAGAUCAUGCAAAAAGAAGCUCAGGAUACUAAAUUUACAGAAGAAAUUCCCUUGAAGAUAUUAGCACAUAACAAUUUUGUUGGCCGGCUUAUUGGCAAAGAAGGAAGAAACCUGAAGAAAAUUGAACAAGAUACAGAUACUAAAAUCACAAUAUCUCCAUUACAGGAUUUGACACUCUAUAACCCAGAGCGGACUAUUACAGUUAAAGGCAGUAUUGAAACCUGUGCCAAGGCUGAGGAAGAAAUAAUGAAGAAAAUCAGGGAGUCCUAUGAAAAUGAUAUUGCUGCUAUGAAUCUUCAAGCACAUUUAAUUCCUGGAUUAAAUCUGAAUGCCUUGGGUCUGUUCCCACCUUCUUCUUCAGGAAUACCACCUCCUGCAGUGAGUGUUGCAUCUGCUGCUGCUGCUGCUUCGUAUCCGCCAUUUGGGCAACAGCCAGAGUCUGAGACUGUUCAUCUGUUCAUCCCAGCCUUGGCAGUAGGAGCCAUUAUCGGCAAGCAGGGACAGCACAUCAAACAGCUCUCUCGUUUUGCAGGUGCAUCUAUUAAGAUUGCUCCUGCUGAAGGACCAGAUGCGAAGCUGAGAAUGGUUAUCAUCACUGGACCUCCAGAGGCUCAGUUUAAGGCUCAAGGGAGAAUCUAUGGAAAGCUUAAAGAAGAAAAUUUCUUUGGACCUAAAGAAGAAGUUAAACUUGAGGCUCAUAUAAAAGUGCCAUCCUAUGCUGCUGGUAGAGUUAUUGGUAAAGGAGGCAAAACAGUAAAUGAGCUUCAGAAUUUGACAAGUGCAGAAGUUGUAGUCCCUCGUGACCAGACCCCAGAUGAAAAUGAUCAGGUUGUUGUGAAAAUAACUGGCCAUUUCUAUGCAUGCCAGCUUGCCCAGAGGAAAAUUCAGGAAAUACUGGCUCAGGUAAGAAGGCAACAGCAACAGCAAAAAACAGCGCAAAGUGGACAGCCUCAGCCAAGACGAAAAUAAAGGUUUAGAAAAUGGCCCAUCGGAGACAGAUGCCAGACCAAAGACAGACUGUGUUACAGAUGGACAGGUGAUGAACACCUGUUGGAGUUAUAUGCAGAAGUUCCACCAAGCCAGUCACCUGUUUGAGGACCAGGCAACCAUUGAAUGCUGUCUCUGAGAAUGUAUUCUUUAGGCUCUCUCAAACUUUUGAAACCCAGCUUUAAAAUAAGGACCCCUUCACUUCCCUUUUGUUCUAUUCUCACAAUUUAACAUAAACUCGUUAGUCUUUUUUUAUUGUUCUUAUUAUUCCCCAACAAUUUUAGAACUUGGUUUAAUGAAGCUUUCUCUUCUGAGUUCACUGGUUAAAAAAAAAAGGCAUUGCUCUCAUGGGUCCAGUCAUAAAAGAAAACACAAUUGGAGGGUGGGAUUGUGGGUGGGUUAGGGUUAGAGCAUGGGCAUUGACAAGAGUUUAAGUGUUAGUCCCAAUAUUAAACAAGUAGCAUUUUUUAAAAAAUUGGUUGCAUUUUUACAUAACACUGCCAUGAAUAACCUAAGGGGAAGUGUUGUAUGGUGUUGGCCAGGGCAUAAAAAGAUAAAUAUGCAUUUUACUAAACUACCUCAGGCAUUUAGUACCUCAAUGAGAAAUUGUUCCUUUUUGCUUUUUUUUUCUUUUGGUAUUUUGUAUACUUUAUAAAGCUAAUAGUUCUUGAGCAUUUUAUUUUUUUAAAAAAAUUAAAAUUUGAUCAGCCACCAGCCUGGAGUACUUAUGGAAUUACUGGGGGAAAAAUACAGUAGGAUGCUUCUAGCUGCUGGCUGAUGGGAGUAAGAUGGAUAAAAAUACAGCCUCAGAUUUUCUGAGGGUUUCGACACCAUCAUUUGUUUAAAAAAAAUUCAGUGAAUGUUCAAAAGAUAGCGAAUGAUGCCAACAUUCUGAUAGCAGCAAUGCCGUUUAUUUUUGUUUUAAGAUGGGAUGAAAAAGUUUGUGACGGUACUCUAUUGGGAACAGAACAAGGAAGUGAUGGCAAGAGGCUGGGGUUGGGGGAAAAAUUAGAAGGCUGCAGGAGGCUGAAUUUUGGUUUUUUUGUGCUACUUGAUUGAAUGCAUGAACCCUUUGUGCCUUUGACCAUCACUACCUAAUAAUGCUACAUUUAAACAUUUGCAGCCCAUUUGGACUUUGCCAUUCUGUUCAAAGAGCAAGCUUCAUCUUCAGUUUGAUAGAAUACUUGGUCUGCCGGGGCAUGUUUAAGGCCACGUGGUCCUUGUUGCUCACUGCAGAUCGCAUCAUACUGCUUUCAGUUACCACGAUGGGGGAAGGUCAAACACUGUUUGAUCACAUGUAAAGAUAAUGAAAGGCUAAGUUUACAUAUCCAGCCGCUGUUAUGGGCCACACUAAGCCACUUUGAAGGUUUUAAAACUAUAAGGAAAAAAAAAAACCCUCUUUUGCCUGGCUUAUAAUAGAUGCAGCAGGAUUUAUGCACAUUCUGCAACCAACCAUUAGAGGAAAAAAAUGUCAAAAGGCAGGGAUAAUAGGAAAGCUACCAAAUUUUUUUAAUUUCAGAAUGUAAUUUGAAUAAUGAUUGUGGUAAUAUUACACAUUCAAGUUUCUACAAUAAACUUCAGUCUACCUCAGUUUUAAAAAUGUGGCAACACAUGGUGCAUAAAGACUGCUGUGUGUGUGUGUGCGCGUGCGCGCCUGUAUGUGUGUGGUCUACAGAGCCAUGCUAUUACCUCUGAACCAUUUUUUGUGAUGUUUUUGUGCAUGAGAUGAUCAGAAUCACCAUGCUGCACUGAUUUGAGGGGCACAACUAGCAAAAAACAUUUGUUUCAUCAUUUUGUUGAUCUACCUCUUAGAUUCAUAUUGAAAUAGAGGCAUUUCUACAUAGAAUAGAUACUUUUCCCAAAGAUCAUUGUUGUACAGAUUAGAUAAUUUUUGAAAAUGGUCUGAAGUGUUUUUCCUGCAUCUCUUCUUUACUAAUUGGUUUAAAAACCACCAACUUAUGUUGUAGUUUUAGCAGAGAAAAAUGAAAGUUUCUUUUCCUUUUUGACAGUGACCUUCAUCUAGCCUUAGAUUUGUUCUUACAAUUAAUUUAAAAUUACCGAAGUAUGAAAAGUCAUAGCAUUUUAAUUUUCGUUGAGGCUUAAGCCUAAGUCCAACGUUCCUUUCUUAACAUUUGAGAAGGAUUUGACUUACUUUCCAUAAAAGUUAUUUUACGAAUAGGCGCUGCAUUUACAUCUGCUGACUUAAAUACUGUCAUCUCUCAAAUUUCUAGACUUAGUGUGGUAAAUCAAGUUUUUAUUUUCAAUUGAGAUUUGGUAAUUUGGAGUAUUUUGGAAUAGCUAGAAAGUAAAUACUGUAAAUGAUUUCAACAUCUGCAAAGUAUGGAUCAUUUUUCAUCUGUAAUGUGCCCCCCAACGCAGCUCCACUUGCCAGAUGCCUCUGAAUGGAAUAAAGAGUUUAACUCCUGUCAUCA